ACGUGGAAAACAUGGAGGACAGGAGUCUGUAGAGUAAACUUAACUGUCUGAAAUACAAAGCAAUUUCAGGCCUUUUCCUUUGUAAGUCACACUUAAUAAAUAAAUCGGACAAAAUUUCAGAUCAUUUUAAAAGGCAGCAGUCGCAUCUGAACGGUCCUGGGAGGCAGGAGAGUCGCGGAAACUCCGAGAAGCGUUUAUGACAGGUUUUGGCAUAUGCCUGGAGAAGAAGCAGUGAAGAACAGUGACUCUGGCUGAGUGGAGCCAGCAAAGAUGGGAGCCAACACCAGCCAGGUCGGUGACCUGUCCGAUAACCCCAGCCUCAAGGCCCUGGUGGGCACAGAGUCCAUAUCGGAGAAUGACCCUUUCUGGAACCAGCUCAUCUCCUUCACCUUUAUCAGUCCCACCAACAGUGGAGAAUCUAAGUUUAUGGAAGAAGCUGUCAUACCGCUGGCCAAGAUCCUCAUUGAAAACAAUCCCAGAACAGGGAACUUUGGCGCUCUCGUGAGAAUUUUCCUGGGAAGAACCAAAGAGCUGAAAAUCUCGACAGAAUGCCAAGACCAGCUGUUUAUCUGGCAGGCCCACAAUGCACUGUUCAUGAUUCGCUGCCUGCUCAAGGUCUUCAUCAGGGAAAUGAGUGAAGAAGAGCUGCACCAACAGUUCUCCUACCAGGAGAGGGCACCAGGAUCCUGUGGAGGGAGCGAAGACCUUCUUGAGGAGCUGUUGUCCAGCCUUGUUCACCUGAUCGUUGAAGUGCCCCUGCUUGACAUCACCUAUAGCAUCCUGUUUGAGGCAGUGACCACGCUGCUGGUAUUCUUCUCCUAUCAGCUCUUCCACAAAGACAUCCUCCGAGAUGGAUUAAUCUACCAGCACAUCUUGAAGGGCCGAUGUGUGUGUUUAACCAGUCGACUGGUGAAGACCUUGCUAUACAACUUCAUAAGACAAGAGAAGUGUCCUCCUUCAACGCACAUUUUUGAACCAAAAGCUGAAGGCGGCUUGCUUUACGGACUGGCGUCAGGGGUGGCAAGCAGUCUGUGGAAUGUCUUCACAUUGGGUGGAGCUGGCAGCAGAGCUGGGAUAGACCAGGAUCAUGACCCUUUACCUUUGUCCAAUCAGAGCCUUAUGUUACUCCUGGUAUUAGCCAAUCUGACAGAUGGUCCUGAUUGGCCCAACCCCUACCGCCAGGCUAUCACUUGUUUCAGAAACACACAAGACACGUCAUCGCUGCCUGUAGAGCAACCUCACACUUUCCAGAUCAAUUUCAACAGUCUGUACACAGCUUUGUGUGAGCAGCAGCGCUCUGACCAAGCCACAUUAUUACUGUACACCCUGCUUCAUCAAAACACCAACAUGAGAACCUACGUGCUGUCAAGAACCGACAUGGACAAUCUGGUGUUGCCAAUCCUCGAGAUCCUUUACCAUGUAGAGGAAAGAAACUCUCAUCAUGUCUACAUGGCCCUCAUUAUUCUCCUCAUCCUUACAGAGGAUGAUGCUUUCAAUCGUUCCAUCCAUGAGGUGGUAUUAAAGAACAUCUCAUGGUACACGGAGAGAUCACUAACUGAGAUCUCUCUUGGCAGUUUGCUCAUCCUGGUGGUAAUUCGCACUAUCCAGUUCAACAUGACCCGGACAAGGGAUAAAUACCUGCACACUAAUUGUCUCGCUGCACUUGCCAACAUGUCAGCCCAGUUUCGAUGUCUCCACCAGUACGCUGCCCAGCGCAUCAUUAGUUUGUUUGCUUUGCUUUCCAAAAAGCACAACAAGGUUUUGGAGCAGGCGACGCAGUCUCUGAGAGGCAGACAGGAAGACAGCACGGCCUUGCCAGACUAUGCCCAGGACCUCAGUGUGAUUGAGGAAGUGAUCCGCAUGAUGCUGGAAAUCAUCAACUCUUGCCUGUGCAACUCUCUACACCACAACCCUAACCUGGUGUACGCACUCCUGUACAAGAGGGAGCUCUUUGAGCAGUUCAGGACGCAUCCAUCCUUCCAGGACAUCAUGCAGAACCUCGACACGGUGAUUGGCUUCUUCAGCCAGCGUCUGGAGCAGGCUGGAAGUGACCUGUCUGUUGAGAGAGUUCAGGAGGUCAUCAUGAAAGGAGCCCAGGCACUGCCAAAAGACAGACUGAAGAAAUUUCCAGAGCUCAAGUUCAAGUAUGUGGAGGAGGACCAGCCAGAGGACUUCUUCAUCCCCUACGUGUGGUCCCUGGUCUUCAACUCUGGAGUCGGCCUCCACUGGAGCCCACACGGGAUCGAGCUGUUCAGCAUGGACUCUGGCUGAAGGACACGCUGCAGCAGAUUGUGUGUCUCCAUCUCCGUUCAGUACAGAAAAAGAAACUGAUGGGGGUGUGUGUGUGUGUGUGUGUGUUUUGGGUAGGUGUGUAUGCAUUACCCUUUAUAGUAUGUGCACGCUGCUUUGAAAGUGCCUCGACCUUGUAGAGGAUGGUGUUUCUUUUUUAUGCAGCACAACUUCGUUUCCCUUGAUAUAAUAAUUUCUCUGCUUCUACACUGUGAAGCUUUACCUGCGCUGGGUUACAGUUCCCACAGUAGCUCCUGCUCACGCACCGUCAGUCCUGCGGUGAACACCUGUUGGUACAUCUGAGCAGCUUCAUCUGGCUCUACGGCACAUGCUGACAUGCUCUGAUAUCACGAGGAGCUCAGGACACUGGCAAUGGCUAUUUCCAAGUUGUUGUUUUUUUUCCCCCUUGCUUACAAAAAGGUCAGUUAAAACAUGCAAACACGUUACACCGCUCUGAUAAAAACAUUCAUUUACUUCUGCACUGAAUAUUUAAAAACUGUUUUGACUCAACAACUGCCACCUGUCUUGAAAGACACAUUAUUCAUUCAAAUAAAAAAACCUUUGUUACUGAUUUUACACGAUUUUCUUUCGUCCGCACAUUGUUCUGUCUGUUCAGUGGCUUUUUAAACAUUUUUGUUUGUGAAAUGAGGAUAAGCGAGAGAAUUUAUCACCAAAAGAAAGUCCUCUGUUGUCAUUAGUAUGCAAGAGUUACAGUUAAUUAAAGGAUGGGAUAAUAUAAGCAGUGUGCAUCACUCUAAUUCAUGUGAUUUCAUUGUUACUUUCAGCUCAUUUAUUUGACUUUACCUUGUCUGGGUCAUUUGCAAAUACUUAAACUAGGACAGUCAUUAAACCUCCUGUCCUAUUGUGCUUAAUUACCGUUGUCUCUUUAACUUAUGUUAUUUCAAGUUUAACUAGGGACUUAAGUUAUUUAUUUUCAUGUAUAUUGUUUUUAUAUAUAUUCAGCAUCCCAAAAUGUAAAUCAUAGUAGUACUGAAAAGACUACUAUUAACAAAAGAGGAAAAAACGAUGGUACUAUUCUUUGAUUAUUCCCAGAUGGGAAACUGGCUUUAUAUAAAUGCAUAUAAUAUGAUGACAGCUGUCCUUUUAUGGCAAAGUUUACUUUGAAAAUAGAAGUUUAAAUAAAAGAGUAAAA